CUCGGAUAGACAGAACAGAUUCAACUUGCGAGCCGAAGGAUUCCACGAGCUCUACACUUUACAUGGCUGGGGGGGAUUGUACUUCCGAGAACUCGCACUCACGGACCCAACUGGCAAGCUGAAAGAUCCCAUGAACUCCACACUCAACCAGGGAGAUUCCGUUCCUAAGGUAGGACUUUGCAGAUGUUGUGAAUAAUUUUCUGACUUAUUGAAUGCAGGAGGGGCUCAAGGUUCCCAGAGGAGGCUGGACCGACAUGAUUUUUGGUCCUGCAAUCAAACAAAUUCUCUCGGACUACAUCAACGAGCCGGAUCCUGACACCAUUGAGGACAUUUUGCGACAUUCCAAUGCCGAAGAUUAUGUGUUUUCCUGCAAGGGAGAGUUUUAUGUUUGCAAUUGCAUAAGCGACGGGAUAUUUUUGAUACUCGAGCCGAAGAUAUGAUGAAGUUACG